AUGGGAUUGGGACAUGGCAAGUCAUCGUCAGACGCGUCCAUAUGUGCUGGUGCUCGAAGGCGUAUUUCGCACAUAGUUUCUGCGGGGGCACGUGGAAAGCCAGCAGAUCAAAUGCUCCCAGUGCGGAUCCUGACCCCGGCUGGCGAGGUGGCUCUCGAGCAACAGCUGCUCGGAAGCCGAACGGUGCGGUCUGUGCUGCAGACCCUUUCCGGAGGAAGGAGCAGCAGACUCACGUUGCUGCACGGCACGCAGGUGGUCGACCAGAGCACGAGGCUAUCAGAACUGAACCUAACUGAGGAGGAUUCCUUGUGCCUUGUCCGAAACCCACCUGGACGCUACACUCCAUGGUCUGAGGAUGGGAACACGGACAUGCAACCCCAUUUGGUCAAGUGUCUUCUCAUUGGUGGUGGAGCGGCCGGCAAGACUUCCUGGAUGCGAGCGUUCAGCCGUGAAAGCUUUGCGGAGAGCUACAGCCCAACAAUUGGCGCGGAAUUCAAGGUUUUGCGCCUGCAGACAGGGGAUGGAACCAAGGUCAAGAUACAACUCUGGGACACCGGCGGACAGCCACGUUUAUGUUACAAGGCAGUCACGAGAGCAUUUUGCAGGGGAGCUGCCGGACUGAUGCUGUUCUUCUCGAUGCGCAGUCGGGAGACCCUGAACGAGGUCUUGCGAAUGUUUGAAGAAACAGCCGAAGCAAUUGAGGCCGAGUGUUGCCGACGCGUCUGCUUGGUGGCCACGCAUUCAGACGUUGCGGAUCCAGAGGUGACUGAAGAGGAGGCCGAGCAGCUUGCAAGGCAGAAAGGCUGGCCUUUCUUUGCGGUAUCGAACAAAACCUCAGUUGGCAUUGAUGAGCCUCUCUUCGCGUGGCUGGACCUGUUCCUUGACGAUGUGGCCCUUGCACAGCCGGCGCGACUGGUGCUGUUGAUUUUCGGCGGAGGCAUCAUGGGGUUGGGGCAAGGCAGGCCUUCGUUGCUCGCGUGGAGCAAGCGGAGUUUUUCAGAUCCCGACAAGAUGCUCCCAGUGCGGAUCCUGACCCCGGCCGGUGAGGUGGCUCUCGAGCAGCAGCUGCCCGGAAGCCGAACGGUUAGGUCUCUGCUGCAGACCCUUUCUGAUGGAAGACCCGGCAGACUCACGCUGCUGCACGGCACCGAGAUAGUCCCGCGGAGCAGGAAGCUGUCAGAACUGAACCUUACUGAGGAGUCUUCCUUGUACCUUGUCCGAAAGCCUACCGGCACCUACACUCCCUGGUACGACGAAGAGGACACGCAGCACCACUGGGCGAAGUGUUUUGUUGCAGGGGGUGCAGGGGCUGGCAAGACUUCGUGGAUACGGGCGUGCUGCCGGGAAGGCUUCAAGGACCUCUACGUUGACGAUGUGGACAUUGGAGUUUUGUCGUCGCGCCUGCAGUCAGAGGAGGACGGGUCCAGGUUCAUCAUGCAGCUGUUUCAAGUUGAGGUGGUACGGGACAUGCUCUUCUGCGAUGCAUAUUUUAAUGGAGUGUCGGGACUGAUGUUGUUCUUCUCGCUUGACAAUCGGGAGACCCUGAAUGAGGCCUUGCAGCUUUUUGCAAGUGCAGAACAAGCUCGAGCCAAAUUUUGUCGACAUGUCUGCAUGGUGGCCACGCAUGCAGACAUCGCGGAUCCAGAGGUGUCUGCAGAGGAGGCCGAACAGCUCGCAAGGCAGAAAGGCUGGCCUUUUUUUGCAUUCCCGAACAAAACUCAAGUUGGCAUCGAUGAGCCACUCUUCGCGUUGCUGGACCUGUUCCUUGACGAUGUGGCCCCGACGGUUUUCGCCAAGUGCCACGAUGAUUGGACACUGCAGCCACUCAGUAGCUUGCGUGGCUGGUGCUGGGUUGAAGGCGACAACGCCAUGCUCUCCGAGGACUCCCGCAUCUUCGGCUGGUUGCCGUCUCACCGCCUGGAGGCGGUUGCGAUCGCUGUGGUUUGGCCUCCAUGGCGCAGCACCUGGCUGCUCGAGCCCGGCCGGGUGCGCGAUGCCUUGUCGUCCGAAGGGCUGCGGUCGCUAUGCUGCUGCCGCUUGCCGACGCAGAUGCUGCGCCGCUUCUGGCGCCGGAAAGACGUGUCCACAUCUGCUGGUGCUCGAAAGCGUCUGUCGCACCUAGCCCAAACUGCCUCGUUUGAGCACGUGAAGGAGUGGCUGCACUAUGCAUUCGGGCACGGUGUUUUUGCGGGGGCACGAGCAGAUCGAAUGCUCCCAGUGCGGAUCCUGACCCCGGCUGGCGAGGUGGCUCUCGAGCAACAGCUGCCCGGAAGCCGAACGGUUAGGUCUGUGCUGCAGACCCUUUCUGGGGGAGGGAACGGCAGACUCAUGUUGCUGCACGGCACGCAGGUGGUCCACCAGAGCACGAGGCUGUCAGAACUGAACCUGACUGAGGAGGAUUCUCUGUGCCUUGUCCGAAACCCACCUGGCCGCUACACUCCAUGGUCUGACGAUGGGAACACGCCGGACACGCAGCACCACGUGGUUAAGUGUGUUCUCAUGGGUGGUGGAGCGGUUGGCAAGACUUCCUGGACACGAGCGUUCAGCCGUGAAAGCUUUGCGGAGAGCUACAGGCCAACAAUUGGCGCGGCUUUAAAGACUUUGCGCCUGCAGUCAGAGGAUGGAACUAAGAUCACGAUACAACUCUGGGACAAAGGUGGGCAGCCACGUUUAUGUUACAAGGCAGCCACGAGAUUAUUUUGUAGGGAAGCGACCGGACUGAUGCUGUUCUUCUCGCUUCGCAGUCGGGAGAGCCUGAACGAGGUCUUGCAAAUGUUUGAAGAAACAGAAGCAGCUCAGGCCGAGUGUUGCCGGCGAGUCUGUUUGGUGGCGACGUAUUCAGACAUGGCGGAUCCAGAGGUGACUGAAGCGGAGGCCGAGCAGCUCGCAAGGCGCAGAGGCUGGCCUUUCUUUGCGGUAUCGAACAAAACUCAAGUUGGCAUUGAUGAGCCUCUCUUUGCGUGGCUGGACCUGUUCCUUGACGAUGUGGCCGCACAAGCAGGCCCCUGCGCAGCCGGCACAGGCAUAGUGGGUGCAGAUGUACGAUGCGGAGCUCGAGCCCGGCCGGGUGCGCGAUGCCUUGUCGUCCGAAGGGCUGCGGUCGCUAUGCUGCUGCCGCUUGCCGACGCAGAUGCUGCGCCGCUUCUGGAGUGGCUGCACUAUGCAUUCGGGCACGGUGUUUUUGCGGGGGCACGAGCAGAUCGAAUGCUCCCAGUGCGGAUCCUGACCCCGGCUGGCGAGGUGGCUCUCGAGCAACAGCUGCCCGGAAGCCGAACGGUCAGGUCUGUGCUGCAGACCCUUUCUGGGGGAGGGAACGGCAGGCUCAUGUUGCUGCACGGCACGCAGGUGGUCCACCAGAGCACGAGGCUGUCAGAACUGAACCUGACUGAGGAGGAUUCUUUGUGCCUUGUCCGAAACCCACCUGGCCGCUACACUCCAUGGUCUGACGAUGGGAACAGGCCGAACACGCAGCACCACGUGGUUAAGUGUGUUCUCAUGGGUGGGGGAGCGGUUGGCAAGACUUCCUGGACACGAGCGAUCAGCCGUGAAAGCUUUACCCAGAGCUACAGGCCAACAAUUGGCGCGGAUUUCAAGAUGUUGCGCCUGCAGUCAGAAGAUGGAACUAAGCUCAAGAUACAACUCUGGGACAAAGGUGGGCAGCCACGUUUAUGUUACAAGGCAGCCACGAGAUUAUUUUGCAGGGGAGCGACCGGACUGAUGCUGUUCUUCUCGCUUCGCAGUCGGGAGAGCCUGAACGAGGUCUUGCAAAUGUUUGAAGAAACAGAAGCAGCUCAGGCCGAGUGUUGCCGGCGAGUCUGUUUGGUGGCGACGUAUUCAGACAUGGCGGAUCCAGAGGUGACUGAAGCGGAGGCCGAGCAGCUCGCAAGGCGCAGAGGCUGGCCUUUCUUUGCGGUAUCGAACAAAACUCAAGUUGGCAUUGAUGAGCCUCUCUUUGCGUGGCUGGACCUGUUCCUUGACGAUGUGGCCGCACAAGCAGGCCCCUGCGCAGCCGGCACAGGCAUAGUGGGUGCAGAUGUACGAUGCGGAGUCAAGCGGCUCAAGCAUGUUGUGUUCGAGGCUCUUCCGCUGUCAGUUGUCUCUCCAGAAAGGCGGUUGCGAUCGCUGUGGUUGGGCCUUCACGGCGCAGCUCGAGCCCGGCCGGGUGCGCGAUGCCUUGUCGUCCGAAGGGCUGCGGUCGCUAUGCUGCUGCCGCUUGCCGACGCAGAUGCUGCGCCGCUUCCGGAGUGGCUGCACUAUGCAUUCGGGCACGGUAUUUUUGCGGGGGCACGAGCAGAUCGAAUGCUCCCAGUGCGGAUCCUGACCCCAGGUGGCGAGGUGGCUCUCGAGCAGCAGCUGCCCGGAAGCCGAACGGUUAGGUCUGUGCUGCAGACCCUUUCUGGGGGAGGGAACGGCAGGCUCAUGCUGCUGCACGGCACGCAGGUGGUCCACCAGAGCACGAGGCUGUCAGAACUGAACCUGACUGAGGAGGAUUCUUUGUGCCUUGUCCGAAACCCACCUGGCCGCUACACUCCAUGGUCUGACGAUCGGAACACGCCGGACACGCAGCACCACGUGGUUAAGUGUGUUCUCAUGGGUGGUGGAGCGGUCGGCAAGACUUCCUGGACACGAGCGUUCAGCCGUGAAAGCUUUGCGGAGAGCUACAGGCCAACAAGUGGCGCGGAUUUAAAGACUUUGCGCCUGCAGUCAGCGGAUGGAACUAAGCUCAAGAUACAACUCUGGGACACCGGUCGGGAGCUACGUUUAUGUUACAAUUACGCGGUAGCCACGAGAGUGUUUUGCAGGGGAGCGGCUGGACUGAUGCUGUUCUUCUCGCUUCGCUUUCGGGAAACCCUGAACGAGGUCUUGCGCAUGUUUGAAGAAACCGAGGCAGUUGAGGCCGAGUGUUGCCGACGAGUCUGUUUGGUGGCCACGCAUUCAGACGUUGCGGAUCCAGAGGUGACUGAAGAGGAGGCCGAGCAGCUCGCAAGGCACAGAGGCUGGCCUUUUUUUGCAGUCUCGAGCAAAACUCAAGUCGGCAUUGACGAGCCUCUCUUCGCGUGGCUGGACCUGUUCCUUGACGAUGUGGCCGCGCGAACAUCGUGA